AUAAAAUUUUAUAAAAGAUGAAUCUGUUAAAAGAGAAAGAACCAUUUCGAUAUCCUGCAUCCUCAUUUAACAGUCGUCGUUAAGACUCAGUUUCUACGCUUUGAACCCUGAAGAAAAUAUACCGUUUUCUAUCUCUGUUUAUAAAUAUAUCCACACAAUGUCUCCAGUUGCUUUUCAAGACCUUUCCUCCUCAACAUCCGUAACGGAUUCUCAGACUAGCCAAUACAGGCCAUUGACCGGCAAAGUUGCUCUAAUUACAGGUUCUGGUCGUGGUAUUGGCAGGGGCAUUGCUUUGGAACUGGGCAAGCGCGGUGCAUCAAUCGUUGUCAACUAUGCAAAGAGCUCCAGCUCCGCUGAUUCAGUCGUAGCCGAGCUCGGCAAGUUGGGUUCCAAGUCCAUCGCCGUACAAGCAGAUGUCUCCAAGCCCGAGGAAGUCGCCGCGCUUUUUCAAAAGGCCCUAAGCCACUUCGGCCACAUCGACUUCGCCAUCUCCAACUCGGGUAUGGAGGUUUGGUGCGAGGAGACCGAGGUGACCCCGGAGCUUUUCGACCAGGUCUUUAACCUCAACACCCGCGGCCAGUUCUUCGUCGCGCAGAACGGCUUAAAACACUGCAGCGAAGGCGGCCGCAUCAUCCUCACAUCUUCCAUUGCCGCCCAGAUGACCGGCAUCCCCAAUCACGCUCUGUACGCUGGCUCCAAGGCCGCCAUUGAGGGCUUCACUCGGUCCUUCGCCGUCGAUUGCGGCAAGAAGAGAAUCACGUGCAAUGCCCUGGCUCCCGGCGGCAUCGCCACAGACAUGUUCGACGAGAACAGCUGGCACUAUGUUCCCGGUGGCUACCAGGGUAUGCCCAUCGAUACCAUCAAGGACGGCCUUGCUAAGAUGUGCCCGCUCAACAGAGUGGGAACUCCUGCCGACAUUGGUAAAAUUGUAUCCAUGUUGGUCAGUGAGGAGGGUGAAUGGAUUAACGGUCAGGUCCUGCGAUGCAGCGGUGGUGGUGUGUAGAGGACAUGAGAAUGUUGUGGUGUUUAAUAUGUGUAGAGCAUCAAAGAUAUGAUUAUGAUCAAAUAGGUUAACCGCAGAGGGCUUUCAUUAUUUAGCAUAGUAAGCGGCAUCGUAAUUGAUAUAGAUGUUUAGCAAUGAAUUAGAGAAAGAAUUUACAAAUCU